AUGAAACGGUCAGCAUCAGGCGUCGCCGGCCUCCUCGCCUUGGCGGCCGGGCACGUCGUUGCCGAGCUGGCCUGCGGCUUCAACGUGAGCAGCGACUUCGCCGCGGCCCACGGCUGCGAUGCAAAGUGCCAGGACAUCCUCCGCCACGCCAACGCGUACGACCACGCGCAGGUCGGCACCGACUUUGACUUUUCCUUCUACGCCACCGCCGCCAACUUCACCGGCUCCGCGCCGGGCAGCCUGCUGAAGCUGGAGCCCGCCGACCCGGGGCCCCUCGACGUCCGAGCCGGCACCACCGUGUACCGGAUGCAGUACACGUCGCUGGACCUGGAUGGCAAGACCGCCGUGCCCUCGACCGGCUUCGUCGCCUUCCCCUACUCGCCCCUCAGCGGCGACGGCAGCAGCCCCGGCGCCUGCGGUGCGACGACGGCCGCGUACCGCACCAUUGCCUUCGCGCACGGCACCAUCGGGGUGUACCCCGGGUGCGCGCCGUCCGCCGGCCCGGCGCUCUUCGACUACGACAGCUGGCAGCCGCUGCUCGCGCGCGGCUACGUCGUCGUCGCCGCCGACUACGCGGGUCUCGGCAACAACCAGACCGAGCACAAGUACUGCAGCUUCCCCGCGCAGGCCAACGACGUCUACUACUCCGUGGUCGCCGCGCGCGCCGCCUUCGGGCAGCUCCUGAGCCGCGAGUGGAUGUCCGUCGGCCAUUCCGAGGGCGGCGGCGCCGUGUGGAAGCUCGCCGAGGGCGACCUCCUGGACGAGGCAUACCUGGGCACGGUGGCGCUGGCGCCAGCGACGCGAAUCAUCGACAUGGCCAUAUCCGGACUGCUCGGAGGAGGCGACGACUCCGACUCCGGAGGGGGAUUCGCCAGCUACGCGCCGUCGCUCGCCGUCGGCAUCCAGCGCUACGACUCGUCGUAUGACCUGACCCUGCUCGGGCCGGGGAUGCGCCGCCGGAUGGCCGUCGCGGAGCGCGCGCAGGUGUGCGCGACCGGCCUCGCGGGGCUCACCCUGGACCUGGCGCUGGAGGACGUGGUCAGCCUGACGGGGGCGGCGGGCGACCUGCCGCUGCUGCAGCGGUGGCAGGACGAGACGGCGCCGUCGAGCGGCCGGGCGCGCGCCCCGCUGCUGGUCGUCCAGGGGCUCAACGACACGAGCAUCCUGCCGGGCACGACGCGGGAGGCGGUGGAAAGGGCGUGUGGCGCUGGCAGCGCGGUGCACCUCAGCUUGUACCCCGGGGUGGAGCACUCGCCGCUGCUUCCGGCCUCGGCGCCGGAGUGGCUCGCCUGGAUAGAUGCCAGGUUCGCGGGGCAAGCGCUGAGUGAGAAUUGCUCGACAGUUACAAGGGUGCCGUUUGGGAAUGGCGCUUAUAUGAAGUUGCCGCCCGAAGACGACAUGAAGGCAGAGUACGGGUUAUAG